AUGGUAAGUUCAAUUAAUCGUUUUUCUUCCCUUAAAUUAAGUUAUAUAAUUUACCUGAGCCUUAUAAGCCCUUCUGAUAUUUUCGGAAUCCCCUAUGAUUUGAGAAAUUAUUUUGUUCUAACUUAAACCUUUUUCAUCCUUGGAAACUCAGUCAAUCCAUGAUGCUGCUCCUGCUACGCCUCAUGAGCCUGGCUACAAUCCUUCUCCUACUUCUCCUGCUAUGUCUCCUGAACCUCCUACAUUUGAUGAUUUGUCACUAAUGGAGCCUUCAGCACCAGAUUCUGGACCAGCCAGCUUCAAGAUUGAGUUUGAGAUAGUGGAAAAUUCCACAAAGUGGGGCAUAAAUAAGCUGGUAGGCAGCCAUGGUUACAAUUACAACGUUAAAAGAUGUCAAGGUGGAAACACCGAUUGGCAGUGCACUGUGAGACCAAAGGUACAGUUUUAUAUUCAUUUCUUUCAGUUUUUUCAAGCAGAAAAUUAAAGUGCUUGAUCUAAUGUAACUGAAAAUUUGUUGAUUUAUGGUAAUCGAAAAAUUGAUGUAAUACAAUUGAAAAUUUGUUGAUGCAAAGUAACUGAAAUUUUUUUAAUCUAAACAUUAGAUUAUGCACCCUCUUGCCAUAGUUGGCCUCAUAAUCUGAUUGUUGCAUUUUAUAUUCUCCAUCGGGUAAUGCCUGUAGAGCUACUGUAGUUGAGAGGGCGUCAGGUGAACUUGUCUUGGGCCCCAUGCCACACAAUCACCCAGGGCAAGUGGGCACAAGUUUAGCAGCCCAGACUUGUAUAUUUUGGGGUGAAAAAAUAAAGUUGUUGUUGUUGUUGUUGUUGUUCUGGCAUUGGCAAUCGUCAAUGAGGUGCUAACAGAGGAGCUGACAGAUGAUCCUUGCCCCAGUUUGCCAAAGCUGGUAAACCUUACCAAAGCAGCCAACCACCUUUGGCAGCAAUUGAGACCAGUAGAUCCUGUAGACCUUGAGUUUGAAUUGCAGCCUGGGCGCAUCCCUGAGAACUUUCUCUUUGGAGAUAUUAAGGUUAGUAUUCUACCAAUGUGA